AUGACUGUCACCGACCCGUCUGGGCAGGCAACCAUCUCCUUCAUCUCUCAAACGCCCUCUCCGGUCUUCUACAAUGCCCCCGUGCCAUAUAAGCAUUGGCAGCUCCGGUCACUGCUCUGUUCGCCACUCCCCAAUGUUUUGUACUACCCUGUUGACGCCCGGAUAUACUCUCUGAACACGGCCACCAAGGAACGAAAAUUGAUCACUUUCCUACCUUUCGAACCAAGAUGCAUAAGUGCCAAGUAUGGAUGGAUAUGUACAGGUGGUGUGGAACAUGGACAAAUCGCAAUCAUCAAAAUCGGGGACAAGCCUGCCUCUACGUCUGUCAGUCAACAACCAAGAUCUGUAGCUGUUGAUCCAACAGCUAUAGAGUCCGAGCAAAGUUGGUGCCAGACAGAAUAUAUUCGUUUAGCCGAGCUGGGUGGGACAAUUGUUAAUUCAAUUACCCUAUAUCGGCCGGCUGAUUCGAAGAAGGAUGGCGAUGUAAUCGCUGUUAUCACUAAUAAUGACAAGACAGUUCGGUUGUUUUCUCUUUCUAAGUUUGAAGUCAUUACUACCCUCACCCUUGACUUUCCCACGAAUCACGCCUCGAUCUCGCCAAACGGCAAAUAUCUCGUCGUUGUUGGCGAUUCCCCCAAGGUUUUCUUUUACGAUCUUGCGUCCCUGACUUCAGAAUCUAGCCCUGACUACUACUGGAAACUUACUUCCAGCCCAUCAUAUGGCGGUGGUGAUGCGUUGAUCUCGACCGAUUUCUCGCCAUGUUCGAAAUUAUGCGCAGUGGCCUCGCAGGAUGGAUCAAUAACAUUGUUCGACACUCGGUUAUUCGACGAUGUGGACAUUUCGCCGAUUGUACGCGUCAUUCAAUCUUCGCGGCCACAAACUCAAGCGGGUGCAGUUCGUUGCGUCGUUUUCAGCCCGAGCCCCUGGGACCUCCUCGUAUGGGCUGAGCAUACAGAUAGAAUCACGAUCACCGACAUCCGAAGAGAAUUCUGCUCGGAGACGAUUCGAGUUAGUGUAGGUGGUGAUAAAGUACAGCAGACAGAAUUAUCGGGCGAUCCACUGUAUCACGGGCGACCAGCUACGUUUGGUAGUACAGAUGAAGCCGAACUUGCGUUUGCUGCAGAGGAACAGGAGAUUCAUGACGAAAUGUAUGCUGCAGCCGCUUUAGAUGAGGACGAGACCGCGCUUCCGACCCAGCCACAAGCUCGGCCUCGUGAAGGGACAUCGGCUUCAAGUGCUGGAAGAAGCAGUAUAUACUUGCCACCUUUGAUCCUGUUUCAUGAUGGGCAGAGCUAUCCGGCCGAUUCGGGAUUGCAUCCUCCGAGGCGUUAUUCAGGGGCCGAUAGUUCGAGCUCUUCCGGCACCGCCACUAAUGAUGCUGCAACGUCUCCUGCCGCAAGUCGCAGCAACAAUACGUCGAGUUCCCUUACAUUAUCUCGGUUACAGGCCUCAUCAAGUGCCUUAGCCCAACUUGAGGCUCAGUAUCAACGGCUCGUGGCCCAGCUCACCACUCCGCCACCUAGGCCGCCUACUUCUGCCCCAUCAAAUGCUAGUAAUGACGGCAGUGAACAAAGUUCUAGUUCUUCCCCAAUUGCAUCUCGAAGACGAUAUCUAGCGUUACCAGCAUCGGCCAGUGCGACAACCACGAACCCUAAUGCUGAUAAUAUCCUUCAGUUCGAAAGCCGGUGGUACCGAACUCGCCAGAGACAAUGGCGAUUAGAGUACUUGCGAAGGAGGGCAAGGGAGGGGGGCGUGUCUAGCACCGACCCGGGGGCCGAGAAUGCGCUUAAUACGGUUGUGCGGAGUAGAAGAGGAGAUGGUGAGUUAGACAUUACUGGGUUAACCUGGAGUUGCGACGGCAGGAAACUGUAUGUCGCAACUACCAGUGGCAUUGUGGAAUACGCUGUGGCUCCCAGAAACGUCUUCCCCAAAUUUGAUUUCCGUUGA